AUGACGCUGGAUGACUUCCAGGCAGUGGUGGUAAGCAAAGUUGAAGGUGCUUGGAAUUUGCAUGAGUCGCUCUCCGAUUCACCACUGGACUUUUUCGUCACACUAUCAUCUGUUGCGGGCGUGAUCGGCAACAGAGGACAGGCAGCAUAUGCUGCAGCAAAUGUGUUCCUGGACGAGUUCAUGGAAUACAGGCGCUCUCAAGGUCUCCCUGGAACUUCUAUAGAUCUCACAGCCGUGAGUAAUGCUGGCUAUCUUGCCGAGACUGACGCAAAACGCCUGCAAGAGGUACUGAAGAACAUUGGAAGCGACACAAUGGAUGAGGGAGAGGUGUUGGCACUGCUUGCAGCAGCUAUCACAGGUGACUUAGCAAAAUCAUGCGCAGGGCAGACAAUUACCGGGCUAGGACUUGGAGGCUCACUGGAACACUUCUGGGCCCAAGAUGCCAAGUUCAGCGUCCUCUACGAGGCGGCCCAGGCGCGACUUGGUACUGGAAGUCAUCGGGAAGGUGGCCCUGCUGUGGCUUUGAACACCAUGCUACAGAACUCUCCGUCAAAGGAGGCAGCACUGCAAACCUGCUACGAGGCUCUGGCAGCAAAACUAGCACAGGUUCUGGUCAUCUCUAUGGACGACAUGGACCCAUCCAUCGCAGUUGCGUCUCUUGGCCUUGACUCUCUUGUUGCUAUUGAGAUUCGCAACUGGAUUGCUCGAGAGGCUAAUGCCAAUGUGCAAGUGCUGGAACUGUUAUCAAGUGGAUCUCUGAUGGCACUGGCUGAGAUUAUUUUGGCCAAGUCUCAGCCUUGA